AUGGCUCUUGACGGCCUCGGCUACGCCAUGACCAGGGCUUCACAGACAUUCCUAAUUGAGCAGUCACUCUGUCGCGCCUACUACACGGCGUACGACCCCGACGUCGUGGGCCACAAUGGCGAUAUUCCCGAAGCCAUGUGCAAGACCGAGAUGCUGCAGUCGCACGUCGCUGUCCUCGCUACCACGCUCGACUUCUCCAUCCUUGUCACAGGCUUCCUGGCUGGUCCCAUCUACACACAGCUUGCAUCCAUCGUCGGCAAGAGGAAUGUUCUUCUCCUCAACACGACCAGUUUUGUCUUGCGCAUGGUGUGGUAUACCAGCGUGUUCUACUUCCACAACGGCAUUCAGGAUGUCCGCUGGGUGCUCCUCUCCUGCGUCUUCGACCUGUUUGGUGGUGGUGUGCCGAUGCGCGAAAUCCUUCUCUACCUCUACAUCGCAGAGAGUGUGCCUGGGGACAGCAUGAUGGGCACUUUCAACAUCCUCACCGCUAUCCUGGUUGGAAACGCGUCGCUGGGCACUUUCAUCAGCGCCAGCCUCCUCAAUGUUAAUGUCUUCAUCACCUGCGGCUUGAUUGUCGGCAUCUAUGUCAUGCUGGUGCCUCUCGUCGCCUCGUUCCCUCGCGAUCGCCCCACGCCGAGUCAGACCUACAAUGAGGGUGACGCCUCGGGGGAGGAGUGCCGCUCGCUGAUGCCGGACAACGCUCUGGCAAUAUCGGUGCCCCAUGGUGCCUCUUCCUCUCCAAUGAUGGAGCACGGCAACGCCCUGGGGGCGCACAAGACGCCCAAGGGGCCCGUCCCGACCAUGUUCCGCGCGCUAGUACGCGCCGCCACGGUCGAUCUCCAUCUUUCCAUCCAGCUUGUCCUCCAGACGAUCCGCCAUCCGUUCACACGCCCAGUCAUGAUACUGUAUUUCGGGACCACGCUGGCCUCAUGCAUCUCUCUGACCACGCAGCAGUGGGCGUCGAGCACUUUUCACACAAGCAUCUCCAACAUCGACAAGGUCACGGCCAUGGAGCAGAUCAUCUCGGCCGCGACCCUCCUCGCCCUACCCUGGCUCGCGAGGUAUUUUCUCCAUCCGCGCCUGCACACCAAGAAAGCCGUGGACUUUGCGGUCGUCCUGGGCAGUCUGAUGGUGACCAUUGUGGGCGUCUUAAUCAUCGCUUCGGCACCCUCGCUACUGGCCUACGGCAUGGGCGUCGCCGUUGCUGCCACGGGCAUAGGCCUGUCUGAUGCUCUGCGCUCCUUGGCCACCACCGCCUUGUCCGACAAGGAUUUAGUUCAAAAGCUUUACAUGAGCAUCCGCACUGUCCAGACGCUGGCGGCCAUGAUCGGGGCGCCGUUGUGGUCAGGCUUCUUCGUGUGGCUACUAGAUCACCCGAGUGUCUCACGCGGUACCCUGUACCUAGGGCACGCCUUGAUCAUGUUCCUCUGUCUUCUACUUGCUAUCUCCUUGCAGCGAUCUAGGUAG